AUGCAGCCUUCGAAACUAGACACAGCUAACAGCUCAAGAGUACAAUGGGACUCAGGCGAUUUGGAUCAAGGUUUUGUUGGACUCAUCUUCUCAUGCUUUAUAGAAGAUAAACAUAUAAAGACUGGUAGAGUUUUGUACCAGUCAGUACAAGCCCAAAAAGGCUCUGAGUAUGAGUGGAUUGAAAUCCCAAUCCACGUGGUCCCACAUGAAGCCAUUGGGAAUGUCUGUCUGGUGUCUGCUGUGGAUCUGCCGAGAUUCCUCUGUCAGGAAGAACAGGAUACAUACAGAAGAAUUCAUAGUUUAACUCAUCUGGAUCCUAUUACAAAGAUACAUAAUGGAUCAGUGUUCACUACAAACCUGUGCAGUCAGAUGUCGGCUAUAAGCGGCCCACUGCUACAGUGGCUGGAAGAUCGACUGGAACAAAAUAAUCGAAAUAUCAUCGAACAUCAGAAAGAUAAAGAACAACUGACACAAGAACUGGCUUCAUUAUGA